AAUUAAAUUCGCCAUCGCUGUAUUUGCCAUUUACGAAUGAUACAAUAUUAUAGUGAUAAAUAAAAUACAUAUAUAGAUAAAGAGUCGCGAAAAGUGGGAAUGGAAAUUCGUGAAAAAAUCUCGAGAAUUUCCGAGGAGGGGUUCUUGAGCACAAUCUCUCGAAAUGAACUGCAACUUUUCUAGAGUUUGAAUGGUCGUGUAUAUUGUAGAAAUGAACUGGUACUGUGUUAGAAUUUUAAUGGUAGGAUUGAAUAUAUAAAAGACAAACGUAGAAAUAUAUAUUAUAAAUUGCAAAAUUGUUGAGCUUAACUCACUAGAACAAGCUUAUAAUAUGACUCUUAGAGAGGGAGGUAGGUGAAAUGCUCAUCAAGGGAGUUGAAACUUUGACGAUUUGAAAACUGAAUCCCCAGGAUUGGGUUCAUAAGAGAUAUACAAAUAAAUAAAUCAUGAAAGUAUUGGCUUUAACUCGCUAGAACAAGUUCAAGAUAUGACUCUUAGAGAGGGAGGUAGGUAAAAUGCUCAUCAAGGUACCCGAAACUUUGUCGACAUGAAAACUAAAAGUGCGUACAUUGAUCCACAAAUCUACCAAUUCUAAUUAAUGAUUUCCUAAUUAAGAGGAAGUUAUAAUAAAUUACAUAAGCAUCUAGAAAGUACUAGUAAAUAAAAAUUAUACCUCAGAGCCUAUAAAAGAAAAAGAGUUGCAAAAAAUAAUCCAAACUUGAGAAUAAACACCACAACCCUUUAUAAACCAACGAAUCUCUUAGUUCGUAGUUCACCAUAAUUCCUCAGGUACCCUUAAAUUAAAACACACCACUCCCAUUAGAACCCACGAAUAAUAAAAAAAAACAAAUCAGUUUGUACAUUUCCUAUAAACCUACGAAUCUCUUACUUCUUAGUUCACCAUAAUUCCUCAGGUACCCUUAAAUUAAAACACACCACUCCACCCACCACCCCCAUUAGAAGCCACGAAUAAUAAAAAAAAACAAAUCAGUUUGUACAUUCCUGUCCCGGCCACGCUGUUUAUGCCUGUAUCCAUGGCUCCCAUCAAUGAGCUUUAUCAGAUUUCGUUGGCUUUGUUACCAUUCUGCACAGGAUUGCUACCAUGCGUAUACGAACACCACCCACAGUACAUGCGUGCUCAGCAUGCCCCGCGGGGGGUAUCCGACUGCGCCACCCCCUUGCUUCCCGUAAAAGAAGGAACGCGCAACGUCCCACUUGUUCAUUCACAACCACCUGCUCGUCGAGGAAGCAUCGGCCCUCCAGUCCAUCUACCUGUCGAGCCGCGAGCUAUCGAGUCGAACGGAACCACUCCACGAGCAACAGGAUGAGGAGCCACACGACUUCCGGUGUACCGCUUACGGUCUGCGUUUCCGCCUGCCUCCUGAUGGUCCUGCUCUUCGCCAGUGGCACGACCUACGCCAAACGUGGUUGUUCAGCAUUUGGACACUCCUGUUUCGGUGGCCAUGGCAAGAGGUUCGAUCCACACGUACGGAACAACGCACUUCAAGAAAACGAGGCGACGACCAGCGACAAGAGCCAGGAACUGGGAACGAUGCGUCUGAACGAGUUUGCUCUUCCUAUGCGAAAGUUUGAAGGCCAAGGGGAGGUGCUCCUUCCGCAAUCGCGUCGUCAGGAUCCCUCGAGAUUCGAUCCUUACACGUUAUCCUUCAUCGUUGGGCAAUGGGUACAUAAAUUAACGUCGCAUCGUCGACUUCAUCAGCCGGACCCGGAACUUGAUAACAAAUAAACGGAUAGGCGUUUUUUGUUGCACUUUCAAUUUAAAGUUAGACAAGAGAACAUGUAACAUUGAUAAAUGCAAAAUUGUAAGAAAAUUUAUUCGUUUGCUACGCUGUUUUCACAUAUUCUUUCGACAAGCGUAGCCAAAAUAAAUAAUUGAAUAAUUGUUGUUGAUGUGUACAUAUUAUUUUCAGUUGUCUAAACGAAUAAACAGAAAUGAAUUUUGCUAUUUCUGCAUGAAUUUCAUUCUGACAAUGAUGUACAACUAUUAAUACUUUACUGGAAUUAUUGUAAGCAUAGAGUAGAUUGAAUAAAAUAUUAUUCCUU